AUGUCUCAAGGAAACCCUUCCUUCCCAGGUCGAGCCGUAUAUGCUUCCUCGAGUAAAUUACCCGAUCGCACUGCAUCCAAACCACUUGGAGUCGCUGCGGCUCCGCAAACAUAUUCCCAGUCGACGUUUGCGCAGCGACCCACGCAGCCAUAUCAGUUUGGACAGUCUGCAGCAACUCAACAGCAACAUGGCGCCUUAGGCGGACGGCAAAGCAUGGAGAAGGAGCCGCAUGCGCUGAGCGAACUAAGUGAGGAACAACGGGAUGAGAUCAAUGAAGCUUUUUCCCUCUUUGACCUCGACCGCGAUCGACAUUUGGACUACCAUGAGUUACGUGUCGCUAUGCGAUCCUUGGGAUUUUCAAUUCCAAAACCUGAAGUAUCGCAAAUAAUGCAGACGCAUGGCGUGCCCAAACCGCAGUUUAAGAGAGGACCUCCUGGGAGAGGCCAGCAGACAUAUCAUGCCAGUCAAUUAUUGGUGCCGCAAGUCGCGUUCCAACGCAUUGCAGCCCAAAAAGUCUUUGAGCGCGACCCUACAGACGAAGUCGAGCGCGCACUAGUUCUCUUCGACCCAGAACAAAGGGGUUACAUUGAGGUCGAGGACGUACGCAGGGUCGCCCGGGAUCUAGGGGAGACUGGUCUUGAAGAUGAGGAAAUACAGGCCAUGAUCGAAGAAUUCGACUAUGAUGGCACAGGGACUGUCGCAAAAGAGGCAUUUUACGCUAUUUGUCUUCAAUGA